ACACAACCAACGAUAUAAAUUCCGGUUCUUCUGUGAACAAAGAUGUAAACACAAAAACAAACAUGAAUGAAUGAACCUCGCGAACUGACGACGACGGCGGAAGUGUUGCAUUCGGGCUGAAACCCUCUCUGGACAAUCCACCCGUCAGCCAAUCGCAGUAGUAGCUGCCCGAUCGACCAUUGCGUUGGUUGAGAUCGAAUCGUCGUCGUUGUCGUUGCCGCGAUCGUCCACCGAAUACUCCUACGAGCCCAACAACAAAGGCCGAAACAAACCCGUUCACCUUUCUUCAAGUGCGAGGGAGAGCAAGAAAAAAAGGGAAAAUUUGUGCUACACAGAGGGUCGCACACCUGUUGGAUGCGGUUGCAUUAGAGUUGCAGAGAUUCCAUCGUUUCAGGUGCUCGAUUCCAUCAGACACAAAUACGACCAAACACGCCUCAAAUCCAACGAACAGUCUACUCGCCGACGCGGCCGCACCGAAGAUCAUUCAUCGCUUUAUUGCUCUUCACCGACUCCCCCACAUGUGCUACAGCAACAGUCAUGAAAACGUGGCCGUAGGUAAUGGUUGCCCAUAACAGUAGCUGUUUGCUGCAGAAAACAACAGCUCAGUCAGCCGUCCGUAUCGCAGCACAGCGGGGUUGCACAAUGUCGAGCAGCUUCACCUGCACCGCUAGCACCUUCAAUUCGGCGUGGGAAGUCUUCAAACUGAGGUUGCACUUUUGAAACUGUCCCAAGCAACCGGCAAACAACCGAUGGAGCGGCAAUUUGUGUAAGAAGGGCGGAAUCAGUGCGUGAACAACUACGCUAUUAGACUACAGUGGACUGGCGACCUUGGGUGCGUUUCGCCGAAGAGAAUAUGGCUGCCACCGAGAUUGAAAUUCCUUCUACUGCACCGCCGUCGGCAAUGGCUCUGGCGGUGGUCGGAGCUGCCGACGAGGGAAAAGAACUGAACGGGAUCGUGUUCGAAUCCUUUAGCCACACCGGAACCAUCCUGAAGGGACUGAACGAACUGCGCCUGAAGGGGGUGUUGGUGGAUGUGACGCUGCGCACCGAUGGGAAGGUUUUCCGGGCCCACCGAGCGGUCCUAUCCGCGUGCAGCGAAUAUUUCAGGGCGAUGUUUUCCGACCAUACUCGCGAGUCUCGUCUCAGUGAAAUCAAUCUGCACAACAUUUCUCCGCUGGGAAUUGAACUACUCUUGGACUACAUCUACACCAGCAAGCUGUCCCUGAAUCUUGCCAACAUUCAGGAGGUGCUUUCGGCUGCAAGUUACAUCCAGUUGGAGUCAGUGGUGGAGGCAUGCCUAAACUACCUGGAUCAGCAGCUCGAUCUGGACAACUACAUCGACGUGCUGAUCAUCUCGGAGAUGUACUCGCUGAAACGGUUGAACCACAAAGUGUACCGCUUCAUCUGUCACCAUUUGAAUGUGAUUUCAAAGUCGGCGGAAUUCUUCCGGCUUAGCGAGCGGCAGAUUGAGCUGAUCCUUGCCGGUGACUACCCGGUGACCUGCACGGAGAUUGAAGUAUUAGGAAUUCUGCUGCGGUGGAUUCAGGUGAACUGCGACGAACCGGACUCAACUGCUACCGCUACAACCAACGCCACCAACUAUCGACAAUUGAUCCGGAAUAACAUACGAUUUAUGGACAUAUCGCUUCAGGAGCUGUACAAUCUGCUCUGCUCGGAGGAAUUCCAGUUUCAAUGGAUUGAUAGAUUCGAACUGUACGAUUUCAUCAUGAAGAUCGGCGAGCAACGGUGCAUCAAGUAUAAGAUCUCUCCGCUGAACAAAAUUCAAAACUACCGGGGCCUGGAGUUGGCCAUCAUCAAGAUCGGCGGUUUCGACCUGUCCGGCAUUACCAAUGAGAUUACCUACUGCUUUCCAGGAGACGGUGGACAACCGUCUCCCGCCGGGAAGAUCAAAUUAAGCAGGAACCACUCAAAUCCGGAGAGCGCCACAAGUGCAAGCACUCCCCCCUCCGAUACGGUCCCAAUCCGAAUCAUUGAUAAAACAAAACGAAAAGCCUUAAAGCUGAACGGCAAAUGGCGCUAUCUGACGACGAUUCCGCACAUCAAGCAGAGCAAUUUCGGCGUGGUGGUGCUGAACAACCAUCUGUACGUGAUCGGAGGCUGUUACGAUAUUUCACUGGAGGAGUACAUCCACCCGUUCGGGUUCCGCUACUGUCCGAUCAAGAACAAAUGGGAAACAAUUGCACCAUUGCAGCAGGAUCGAUGCCGAUUUUCGUUGAACGUAGUGGGACACAGCCUGAUCGCGGUUGGCGGGAAUAGUGAAAUGGACGAUGAGGGCGAUAGAUCGGCGUCGACUUGCGAGCAGUACGAUCCCGUGACGGAUAAGUGGACCUACAUAGAGUCGUUGCCGGAGUAUCGAACGCAGCACGCCGGAGCUGCUUUUGGGGCUACGUUGUUCGUUUCCGGGGGAUUGGAUUUGUACGGCUCGGUGUUGGACAGUUUGUGGAGCUACUGCAGUUUCAAUGGGAAAUGGGAAAAGUUACCGAAUAUGUUGCACCCACGAGCUGAUCAUGUCUUGUUCACGAUCAACCGCAAGUUGUACGUUUGUGGAGGAUGGUAUGAAGUAAAUGGGCAGCGUGUCUUAGCUGAAAGCAUCGAUUGUUACGACCUGUUCAGUAAAACGCCAGUUUGGCAUCAGGUGACAACUAUUCCUACUCCCAAGUGUCAUGCGGGGAUUGUGGCAGUCCAGGAAAAGAUCUACAUUAUAGGAGGGUUUGGUUCGGACGACAUCUUUCGGCUGACGGCUGCCACCGUUGAAUGUUACGACGUUGUCGAAGACCAGUGGCAUAAUCUGAAGAAAUAUCCCAAGAACAUUUGGGAGCACACUUGUGCAAAUUUAUACAUUCCCAAAUAUAGGGACGACAUGGAGGUGAUCGAUGACAACGGCGAAGAUGAAGAUUCUGAAGACGAUGAAAACAGUGAUAAUGCUAGCAGUACUGCCAUUUAAGGGGGAGUUUCUUUGCUCUCUGCAGUUUUAGACUUUGUAGGCUUAAGAAGCGAUUAUUUAUUAAUAAAGCGUACAUAUUUAUUG